CACAGCGCCACCAUGGUGUCCCCGAUGACCGCCCUCGCCGUGUCGGCCGCCGCCCUGCUGUGCGCCGUGCUCGCGUCGCCCGUGCCUUCCGACGACGGCCGCGACGCCAGCGCCUCGGCGCCCUCCAACUUCCUGAGCUGCGCCAACGGCGUGGGCUCCGGCAACGGCUUCAACAACUGCACCAUGCCGGCCGCGCCCAGCGGCGUGCCUUCCAUGCCUAGCGGUGUGCCCUCCAUGCCCAGCGGCGUGCCCUCCAUGCCCGGCGGCGUGCCCUCCAUGCCCUCCCAGCCGCCCAGCAUCAACCAGGGCGUGGACUGCGCCACGGCCGUGGGCCAGGGCAACGGCUUCAACAACUGCAGCAACAUCUUCCAGCCGGCCGGCGGCAGCUCUCGCAUGGAGGACUAGGCAGAUUGACAAAGCGCUUCGGCGGGUUCGCACAGUGCACUGCUAGAAAGCGUGGUUUCGCCGUCGGAACAUUAUGCAUGCGGGGAAUCCACGCAAGCGCGCCUCGUCGAACAGCGAUGACGGACAGGUGCACGCUGACGAGGACGACGACGAGGAGGACGAGGACGGAAAUCCCGGCGGCCGAUUUCUUAUUCAGCGUCUCGCGGCGUCGCGAUGCGGCCAAAGAAACUUACGGCGUCUGCUGGCUGACUCCGAGCGGCAGCGCGUCGUCGCUCUGUCUCUCCUUCCGGGCGGCGCCACGAGUGCGAGAGAGACAGAGCCACCUCGGAGGCGGUCGUCUGGGCGUCCCAUUAGCGGCGCCGCAAGAACGUAACACUGGCGGCAUCCUUCUU